UGGCAUUUUCAAGGAAUAGACAGUUACACACACACUUCCUGUGAACCACAUGAUGUCAGAGGCACUUGGAACAUCGAAUGGAACAUUUUUCAUGAAGUCAGAGGUUGAAUCACUUCUUGCUUAUAACAAUCAGUGAGAGAAAGUGGCAACAUAGAUUCUGCACAGUAUCUACAGUUCAGUCUGACUCAAGGAAGAAUCCAAAGUCUGUACUGUCUGUACUGUCUAUAUCUCAGGGAUUGAUUGGCAUUGUCUGCUUUCUCUGUGUGUGUACAAGUUUGUUUGGCAAAGAUUGGAGGACAGCCCAUCCUGCUACUGCGCACACACACACACUCAGGGAGAAAGAGAGGGAAGGACAGAAAGCGAGAGAGAGAGCCUUGUUACACUCCUCCUCAGGGAUUUGCCUCUCCCCAGGGGUGCUGAGGGAACGGACCUGCUGCCCAUGCGGCUGAAUGAAAGAAACGGAGGGGGGGGGAGAAAAGAGUGAAUGAAUGGACAGAAUAAAUGAGUGAAGGGCAAGUAGCAGGACCCGUUUGACGGGUUUUGUUUCUGCUGGCAUUGAGCAUGCCUCACUGGCAGGUUCUGGCCGUGAGUGCUACCUGCGUACUGAUCUGUUUCCAAGCGGACUCGGUGGUGACGGAGAAGCCGCUUCAUGCUGGAGCUUUAGGCCAGAGCCAGUCCCAGCUCCAGCCUGCACCGUACACUCAGACAUGGGGCCGGUCUGCUGCAAGCCGGACAGACUGAAGAAACAACAUCUCCAAGGUGGAACAGGAGAGAAGGACCGGGCACCCAUCAGCCAUGAAUCCUUCCUGCUCAUGGCAAACUCCCAGACAGACAUGGAUGACUGGGUCAAGGCCAUACGGCGGGUCAUCUGGGCGCCGUUUGGAGGAGGAAUAUUUGGUCAGCGUUUAGAGGACACAGUGCAGUAUGAGAAGAAGUUUGGCCCCAGGCUGGCCCCCCUGCUGGUGGAGCAGUGUGUGGACUUCAUCAGGGAGAGAGGUCUGGACGAGGAAGGUCUGUUUCGGAUGCCGGGACAGGCCAACCUGGUGAAAGAGCUGCAGGAGUCCUUUGACUGCGGCGACAAGCCUCUGUUUGACAGUAAUACAGACGUCCACACGGUGGCAUCCUUGCUAAAGCUGUACCUGCGCGAGCUGCCUGAACCAGUCAUUCCCUUCGCCAAAUAUGAAGACUUUCUAACCUGUGCACAGCUUUUGGCCAAAGAUGAAGAGGAAGGGGUCCAAGAGCUUGGAAGGCAAGUUAGCACGCUACCUCUACCUAACUACAAUCUCCUCAAGUACAUAUGCAAAUUUCUUGAUGAGGUCCAGUCCCACUGCAUUGAGAACAAGAUGAGUGUCCAGAACCUCGCCACAGUAUUUGGACCAAAUAUCCUUCGACCCAAGAUGGAGGACCCAGUCACUAUCAUGGAAGGCACCUCUCUGGUCCAACACCUGAUGACAAUCCUCAUUAGGGAACACAUCCGUUUGUACUCAGGGAGGGACCAGGAGGGACCCACUGCACCCCAAACUGAGCUCCCUGUCCAGGGGCAUCAGCUCCAGCAUCGCAGCCUGGGAGCCUGGAUCUCAGAGGAAGACCUCCAGAGCUGCCCAGUCUCCAACCCUGACCAAGAACUGCACAGCAGCGCCUCAUCUCUGGAUGCCAAACUGUGUGCAGCCGUCACUCCCACCCAAACCCCAAACCUGAACCCUGGACCAAAACUGGGGUCUUCAUCCGGUAAAGGAGAGACGCUGGUCAGCCCGAGUAAACAAGCCAAGACCAUACCCUCUUGGAAGUAUUCUUUCAAAAGCUCCUCUGCGCCUCGUUCCCAGAUGCAAGCCAAGCAAAGCAGCAGCGGCAGCUCUGUGGCUGAUACCACCAGUGUAUCUUCUGGUGGGGGAGGAGGCGGAGGUGGAAGUGGAGGGGGAGGUAACUGGCUCAUGAAUGGUUUGUCCUCCUUGAGGGGGCACCGCCGCACGUCGUCAGGCGAGCGGUCUGCCCGUGAUCGCGACUCUACUGGCUCCUCACAGAGACUGUCCACCUACGACAAUGUCACAUCGUCCUCUAGCAUGGGGAGUGUUCCAAGUGUAUCCAGCACACCUUGGUCCACUUCCUCCUGCGAAAUCUCUGUUCCUGACUCGGGAAGCGAGCCCUCAGCGAACCAGAACUGCAGAGAAGGGGGUGAAAGUGGGGAAAAGGGGGAGUGGAUGGAGAGUCAGAGGGAGGCUGACAGAGGACAGGACGGAGGGAUGACGACAGAACCGAGCUCUGAGCAGGACAGUUGUGAGGCCAUGGAGCUGUGCAGUAGCAGCGCAGCCUGUAGCGAGAAUGGAAACAUGGCCAUGGCAGCCGGGGUGCCAACCAUUAUCAUGUCCGAGGACGGUGACGGGACAAAUCUAACACUGAGCAGUUUGGUGGAAGGAUUGAAGGACGAGUUGAGGAAGCAGAAGUCUUCAUAUGAGGCCAGGAUCCAAAAACUGGAGGAGUCCAGUGCUGCUUUGUGCGCACAGAUGGAGCGUCUGGAACAAGAGAUGGAGCAGGAAAGGAAGAAGCAACGCAUGCUGGAGAUCAAACUACGAAACUCUGAGCGAGCGCGGGAAGAUGCAGAGAACCGCAACCGGCUUCUGGAGAAGGAGAUGGAGGAUUUCUUUUCCACACUGGGAGAUCUGGCGCUGGGUGCAAGGACUAGUGACAUUUGAUAGAGCAAUGCCACUCAUCUGUCUGUGGCCAAAAACUGUCAGGGUUUGUAUUUCGAGGGGUUAGGUGUAAGAAGGGCUCACAUCCUCCUUGGUGCAUCAGGGCGUUCCUUAAAAAGAAGAAUGAAACAAGAAAAUGAAGGAACCUGACAUAUUUGUGUACAUUCAAGACAAACUCAAAGAAAACUGAAAAGAUGAGGAAAUUCUGAAGGAUGUAAACCUGAAAUUGUGACUCACUGUGUGUCCAUCUCCACUGGGAACCAAGUGGUUGUGACUUUCUUACGCAUGCUUGAAAUGGAACGUUAAGACAAGAAGACGAGACUCCUUGAUGAGUCCAGGGUUUGUCUUGUGAAGGCAGUAUUUUGACAGUUCAGGUGCCUGUAGGUGACUGGUGGAACAUGAUGUAAUUUCUCUGACAUUCUCUAUACUGGAGAGCACUGACUUCUUCAACCACUAUUUUACAUGAGACUGAAAUUUCUUGCUGAAACUACAAGACUCGAUAGAACGCUGAACGCAGACAGCUGACUGAUAUUUAUCUAUAUCUGAUCUUUAUCUUCAAGGAAUUGUUACAUUUUGGAAAUACACUUAUUUAUUUUCUCGUCAAGAGUUAGAUUAGGUGUUUGAUACCAAUUUCAUGGCUGUAAUAUAUAGUUGGGCAUAUGAAGCUACUUCCAGCAAUAGGUUAGCCUAGCUAGCUUCCCCUGUUUUCAAGAAAGAAAACGUUAGCCUAAAUCUAAAAAUGCUAACAACACUUUUAAAGCUAACUAAUUAACUUGUUUGUUUAAUUCUGAUAAAAACAAAAAUGUUAUGUCCUUAUGGAAAGCUAAGCUAACCAGCUUCAUGCCCUAGCUGUAUUUAGCAGGGCAGCACUAGGCUAACUUCCCACUUCUUUUUGUAUUGUUGUAGUUAACUGACAGUAUAAAGAAUGGACAGUGUAAUAUAAUUUGGAUUUUCAAAAAAAAAUGUAGCCUUAGUACAGUUGUCAUGAAAGGGGAAA